AGGGGCCGAGGAGGAGCUGGCCGAAGCUUCCGUUGCUAGGAGACGGGAGGGCGGCCGAGGCCUGCUUGGGAUUCUUCCCCUCUGAGAUUCACUCGUUGCGUUUGAAGAUGGGUGACGUUCUAGCCUAUGAAGCAGAGCUUCUUGGAAUGGUGAAGGAGUAUUUGGAGUUUGCGGAAUUUGAGGAGACUGUGAGGUCAUUUACGAAGGAAUGCAAAAUAAAAGGGAAACCAGUACCGAAAACUGGAGGUGGAUCUGCCAAGGACGCCAAGGAUUUGAUGAUCCAGGAUCUAUUAACAUCGUUCACUGAUGGAGACCAGGAUGUCUUCUUUGAACUUUGGGAAGAACAUGUUCCUCCUGCCAUUCGGGACAAUGAAGCCAUAGCCCAAAAGCUGGAGUUCUACCUUCACAUCCACUUUGCCAUCUUCCUCUUAAAACGAAGCGUGGUGAAGCCUCCGUCUGUCUCGGCUCAUUGUUAUAACAAAGCCGCGCUGGAUGAAAGAAUUUCACGUUUUAAGAUGUAUCUUGAGACCAAAGGGGCCGCCCUGAGCCAGACCACAGAAUUCCUUCCUUUCUAUGCUUUGCCAUUUGUUCCCAAUCCUAUGAUUCAUCCUUCCUUCAAAGAACUUUUCCAGGAUUCUUGGGAAUCCGAUCUAAAGACGAGGUUGGAGGAUUUCCUGUCUGCUACUCUGAAAGCCACCGAUGCCCCAAGACUCCUGACACUAUAUAAGGAGAACGUGCAGUGCAACCAAGAAAUGUUCCAGCAGCUUCAUCAGCAGCUGGUGGAGUCCGAGCGCAAGACUAUGACCUACCUGAAGCGGUUUAACAAGAUCCAGGCAGACUACCACAAUCUCAUCGGGGUCACGGCUGAGCUGGUGGAUUCGCUGGAGGCCACGGUCAACGGCAAAAUGAUCACCCCAGAAGAUCUGCAGAGUGUCUGCGUCCGUUUGUUUAGCAACCAGAUGAUGCAGAGCGUGGUGCAUAGCAUAGACUUCACAAGGCCGGGAACUGGAUACUGCUGUAUGAGCCCGUGUGAUGAUGAAUAUGCCUCUACCAUGUUAAGGGCAUCGCUAGCUCCUGUGAAAGUGCAAGAGGUGCCCCUGCUGCCCUCCUUGGACUACGAGAAGCUGAAGAAAGACCUGGUGGACGGGAACAGCCGCCUCAAAGCCUUCUUACUGCAGGCCUUGCGCUGGCGCUUGACUACGUCCCAUCCCGGUGAGCAGAGGGAUACGGUACUGCAGGCUUAUAUCAACAAUGAUCUUUUGGAUUGCUACAGCAACGUUCAGAGAAGCGUGUUGAUGCUGCUGCAGUCAAAGAACGAGGUGGUCCGCCAGUAUACAGCCAGGCUGAUCAAUGCCUUCGCCUCCCUGGUUGAAGGUCGCCUCUACCUUUCGCAGAACCCCCGGCUGCUCCAGCUGCUGGAGGAAAGAUUGAAAGCGGAAGAUAAGGAUUCUCUUACCCGAGAAAAUGUCCUGGGAGCGCUGCAGAAACUCAGCCUCAGGCGUGCUCUGCAGUCGGCUAUGAUCAAGCACGAGCUGAUCCUAUGGCUGGUGGAGGCGCUGAAGGACACGGACUGCAUGUCGGAUUACACCUUGGCCUACUCAGUCGCUCUGCUCAUGAACCUUUGCCUUCGGAGUUCAGGAAAGAAAACGUGUGCAAAAAUUGCCAACGAAGUUCUCAGAGUUCUUUCUGAUCUUCUCGGCCAUGAGAACCACGAGAUACAUCCCUACGUGAACGGGGCUCUCUACAGUAUCCUUUCUAUUCCCUCCAUACGAGAAGAAGCCCGAGCAAUGGAAAUGGAAGACAUUCUGCGGUGCUACAUUGAGGAAGGAAAUGCCGACAUGAUCCAACAGAUUGAGUUUAUCAUCAAGCAACUUAAAUCAGAAGAGCCACUGGACGACAGUGUGGAGUCUGACGAUGAGGAGAAGGAAGAUAAUGAUGAGGAGGACCAUAACAGCAUGGAAGCCGACCUGGACAAGGAUGAAGUCCUGCAGCCUCAGGAGGGAGAGCUGACCGGAGAGAAACUCUUGACCACAGAAUACUUAGGAAUAAUGACCAACACGCCAAAAGCGAAGAAGAAGCCGUUCCCUGGCGUUCACCAGAGUGUCGACGAACCUCUCCAAAGGCCUGUGACCCCUGGUUAUCACAGGGCUGCCUACCCAACGUCAGAAGACGAUGCCCUCUCUUCCUGCAGCAGGGAUAUCCUCGCCCAGUGUGGCCAGCGCUCCCGCCCACCGACUCGCUGUGGGAAGAGGCCCAGCUUUUCUGAAUUCUGUCUGCCUUCCUCGCUACCUGAAUGUAAUGGAUACCUCGGGGUGUGAGUUCUGGGCGUCCAGGACAGGUGAACGCACCUUCCUCCGGGCUGGCAGCCGGGAGAUCCUCACUCCUUCACAGUCAGCCUGAGCUCCCCAGGACGGUGUAAAUGCAUCUUUGCACAGUGACUUCCUUUCUGGCUUCACCAGCAGGACUCAGCUGCCCUGCUCUUCGGACACCCAGAACUUCAGAUCUGGAAGGGGCAAGAUUCCAGCAAUAGCCCCCCAGUUCUCCCAGUCUGGACCCCAACAAACCAGCCGCCCCAGCUCUUCCGGAUCGUCGGCGAGAAGUCGGCAGAGCAGCCAGUCUUCCAGGAAGUGAGGACACAUUCUUUCCUGAGGAAUCACCUGUCUGGAGUGCUAAAGACACAGCGGCUUCCUGUAACCGGAGCCCCAGCAUCGCCAGCAGCCUGCGGAGCCAAGAGGGAGGUUAUCAGCAUCGGGACCGCACACUCCCUUUACACCAGGACUUGAGAGACUAUCUGAUGGGAUGCCCUUUGCUGCGGGUCCUUGACCAAGCAGAAUGAUCCUGUCCCGCCCCCACGGCUUCUUUGCGCGGAUGCACAAAUUGGGAAUGGUCCUGUCUCUGCGCGGAAAAAAUGCACACAAAAGUCACUCCCUGGGAAUGCCUUCGUGGGCUGCGAUUUGAGCGGUCUGUCGUUUUCCCCUCCUGUUUCUCUGUCACCUGCUGCAGCCCGUGUCAGAUUGAGGCGCUCUCAGCGCUUUUCUCCCCUCUCCUGGCCCUGCCGGUCGUAGGUCACCCAACCUUUAUCGGUAUAUAAACAAAAUCGAGAAAACACAGUCUCCAGCGAUAACAUAAGAUCUAGAUCAGUGAUUCCCAACCAGGGUUCCGUGGUACCCUGGGGUGCCAUGAGCACGUCCCAGGGGUACCAUGACAACGCUACCGCCUGCCCCCCCCCCCACGAGAAUCAAAUGG